GUCUCUCACAUGACAGAGGCAUGACUAUGCGUUUGACCUUUGAAGCGUUUAUCCUUGUUGGGCCAAAGUUGAAUAUCAUUGGGCUAGAAAAAUAAUUUACUAAUAUUAUAGGCUUUAAACAGCCCGAUUACAAUACGGCGACGUAUUAAAAGCAGUCUUUCAAUUAGCAGAGCUGACGUCGGCGCCGUCGCUGAGUUGCGGAUGCGCGAUGGAGCUCGGAGUGCUCGUAUACAGAUUAUACAGAGCCUUAACCUACAGCGCUUCACCGUUUCUUCACCUCCACAUGCGGUGGCGCAGGCUCCGAGGCCUAGAGCAUUCCCGCCGGUGGCACGAACGGUUCGGUUAUCCCUCCGCCGUACGACCACCGGGAUAUCUCGUAUGGUUUCACGCCGUCUCGUUAGGUGAAGGAAUGGCUGCGAUUCCCGUGAUCAGACGAUGCAACGAGAUGAAGCCAGAGAUGACUAUCUUGAUGACCACGACGACAGUCUCUGCAUUUGAAGUGAUAAAGAAGCAGCUUCCUGUUGGUGUAUUACAUCAGUUUGCACCGCUCGAUACACCGGUGGCUAUUGAUAUAUUCCUUGGUUAUUGGAAACCAAAUGCGAUUGUCAUUAUGGAGAACGAGCUGUGGCCUAAUCUCAUCAUGUCUGCUUCACAACUUCGAAUUCCAUUGGCAUUGUUGAACGCUCGGAUGUCUACAAAAUCCUUUAAACGGUGGUCUAGUCCUCUCUUACUACCUCUGGCAUCAAACAAAGUGAUGCAAGGACCGUAAGAUUCUUGAGAUGCCAUAUGAUAGUGGAAGGGGAUUCGGAGGAGAGAACACCGCUUCCAUUAAUGCAUCAGAAGAUACCUCAAAGAUUACUCUCUUGAUAUGAAUGUCAUGGAGCGCUUCCAUUGCCCACCAAAGGGCCUGCAAAUCAGCUUCCAGUACUGACGUUGUAGUAGAAAAGGCCCGUCUGCUGUGUAAAUCUGCGUUUAAUGCUGUAUAAGGUUUAGAUCACGUUAUGUUCAUGACAGGUGUCUAAAUUUAUCAUUUUUAAAAUUGAGUUUAGGACA